AUGGUUGUGCGGGCUAUCAGUCCCCACCUUAAUGAGUGGAUCGAGAGCGACCAUGGUGCCCUCUCGUAUCGCAUAAUGCAAGUGCUCUCCGGGUAUGGAUGCUUCGGAGAGCUGUGUCGGAUAGGCAAAAAGUUGACCAUGAAGUGUCACCAUUGCGGCGCCGAGCUCGACUCGACGUCACACCCUGUAGAACAUUGUCCGGCGUGGGCGGACGAAAGAGUCGCUCUAGUCUGGUCAAUCGGGGAAGAUUUAUCGCCGCCGACAAUGGUCGCAGCCAUGCUGCGCGGCGACCAGUGCAGAAUAGUCUCCUCCUUCUGCGAGGCUGCCAUGCUGCAGAAGGAGAAGGCCGAACGAAUCAGGAAGCGGACUAGGCCUGAAGAAAGACGUGGAAGACGAGCGGAGAAGCUGCGUCGGUGCUCCGGUCGCUCCCGUCCAGGCGGCCGGCGAUAG